AUGGUGAUCAGUUUUAGUCCAGAAGUCGCACUUUCUAUUGUUGAUCCAUGGCUGAUGCUUGCAGAGAAGAAGGAUAGUGACAACCGUGGCUUCUACAGUCUCUCCACCAAAAAUGUUUACCACUUGAAUUUGCCAGAGGCCAGCGGUAGGAAGUAUUGGUCCUCCAAUGGACCUGGCGUGGCCCUUGAUGUUACUCCUGAAAAGACUCAGAAGUUUUCUUUUGAUCCAUGUAAAUUUCUUGCUCUUAUAUGUUUCCAUUUACAGUUUGUAUAUGUCAAUGAACAGAUGAUGUACACUCGAAAGCUUGAAAGGAGGUGGCCCAGUGUACAAUGCACAUGUACUGAGGAAGGAUCUAUUGCAGAUGCAUUUAUACUAAACGCAGCAGCAGCUCUGUUGGUGAGUGGGCGUGUGAGGAGCCUGAGUGAAGGUGUUGCCCCGGCCAGAGAAACACAUCACUCGGGGAAAGCUCUCAAGAACCUGGAGUCUUGGCUACGCAUCUCCGAGAGCACAUCAUCGGCUUUCUCUCAGGGCUUUGCAUCACCUGCUUCUGAAUUCUCUCCGAAGCAGAUUAGAGGGCCGCCGCCACAGAAUUCCGGCGAUCGGAAACCGACUCCCCCUUUAGGUGAAUUGGUUGCGAAUGUAGAAGGAAGAGACUUCACACCGCACGUGGUUACAAUACAUACAGGGGAGGGCAGUUUUGAGAUACUCACUUUAUUUGGGUCCUUCACAACUACUGAUAAUGGUGUUAUACGCAGCACAACUAGUGGAUUAAGUGUUACAGUGGCUGGCGCUGAUGGUCGUGUGAUUGGUGGUGCACUAGCAGGUCAAUUGAUUGCUGCUAGCCCGAUUCAAGUUGUGGUUGGAAGUUUCAAGUCAAAUGAUAAAUCUCACAAAAGGAAGAACGACGAUGGAUCUCCAAUGCCUUCAGCAACACCAGAUCCCCAAGACGUGGCUUCUGCAGCCAGACCAAUAACUCAGCCUACACCUGAUGAUGACACCUCCGCCACCCCAACAUCCGCAUUACUAGGACAGGGCCAUGGUGAUGCAGAAAACAGUGCAAGCAGUAAUCUAAACCCAAACACUGGUUUUCAAAGUGCCGAUUGCUAUGGAACAAUGUUCACACAAGAACAGAGACUCUCCUGACACUAAUGCAUGUGUGACUGGGGAAUAAUAUAGAAGGUGUUAGAAUAGGUGCUAUAGAGGCUGGAAUGUUUGGUGGAUUAGGCUGACUUAACUGCUUUAUCAUUGCUUCAUUAUUUCUACCUGAAGAUCGAUUCCAAGGAAUUUCAUGGGAUAUUCUAUUUUUGUUGUAAUUCUGUUGUUUUUAAUUGUGAAAGGAUAAUCAUUGGGGAGGGGGGUGUCUCCCUCCCUCAGGGCUCUUCAUUGAUUUUAAAUGUCAUAUGAAGGUGGAAACUUUAUAUUUAGUAGUAAUUAAUAUCUGAAAGUUACAAUUUUUUAUAGGAA